AUGAACAGGUUUAUUUGUUCAAAAAGUACAGAAAAAUUAGUGUUGGUGGCUGACCCCAAAACAAAAAAAUUUCAAUGCAAAGCUUCUGCUGCAGAUGGAUCUAAUAGUCAAUUUCGAACAGUGGAAGUAAAGAUUCGCCCAUUCAUUGAUCGAUGGGUAUCAUUCAAAACACAUAUACUACUGUCUUUGGAGACUCACUUACCAUCUGAUCGGAAAAAAGAGAAAAUCUUGUAUCAGCUUCAGGCUGCUGUCGAACCUUACCUUCAAUCCUUGGUUACGGAAACACAGUUGCUGAUCAAUGGAGAAUUACAUCAAGCUGAUGAAAAAUUACUAAAAGAUAUAGAUUUUUCUGUACCCCUUGAUGCUGACAUCCAAACCAAAAAGAACAAAAAAUCGUCCAAGUCAAAGCGUUAUGAUUUGCCUCUUAAUGUAGAUCACUCCUUAGUUACUUCGGCGGGGAGUAAGAAAUAUGCAAUUGCCAAGGGGUCCGUUAGUCCAGCCUUUACCCCACUUGAUAUAGUAAUUUUCGGACCACAGUUUCCUCAAUGGCAGCGUGCAAGUUCGUCAUCGUCACUUGAAUCUGGUGCUAGUUCGGAUACAAAUAUGAAUAAUGGAAAUGAUACUAAUGAUUCUUCAGGUAGUUUCGUUCCCAUUAAUCGCUUGUUAAUCAAUGGCCGAAUUCCUGGAAUUGCGUUUUUACCAGCUAAUUCAAGUGUUGGAGACUUACUCGAGGCAUUACGGAAUGAUCUUGUACGGAGUAUACUAGCACGACUACAACUUUUAACAGAAGAGUUACACAUUACCAGUGCUGAACUGGAAGAAAAAUUAGUGUUGGUGGCUGACCCCAAAACAAAAAAAUUUCAAUGCAAAGCUUCUGCUGCAGAUGGAUCUAAUAGUCAAUUUCGAACAGUGGAAGUAAAGAUUCGCCCAUUCAUUGAUCGAUGGGUAUCAUUCAAAACACAUAUACUACUGUCUUUGGAGACUCACUUACCAUCUGAUCGGAAAAAAGAGAAAAUCUUGUAUCAGCUUCAGGCUGCUGUCGAACCUUACCUUCAAUCCUUGGUUACGGAAACACAGUUGCUGAUCAAUGGAGAAUUACAUCAAGCUGAUGAAAAAUUACUAAAAGAUAUAGAUUUUUCUGUACCCCUUGAUGCUGACAUCCAAACCAAAAAGAACAAAAAAUCGUCCAAGUCAAAGCGUUAUGAUUUGCCUCUUAAUGUAGAUCACUCCUUAGUUACUUCGGCGGGGAGUAAGAAAUAUGCAAUUGCCAAGGGGUCCGUUAGUCCAGCCUUUACCCCACUUGAUAUAGUAAUUUUCGGACCACAGUUUCCUCAAUGGCAGCGUGCAAGUUCGUCAUCGUCACUUGAAUCUGGUGCUAGUUCGGAUACAAAUAUGAAUAAUGGAAAUGAUACUAAUGAUUCUUCAGGUAGUUUCGUUCCCAUUAAUCGCUUGUUAAUCAAUGGCCGAAUUCCUGGAAUUGCGUUUUUACCAGCUAAUUCAAGUGUUGGAGACUUACUCGAGGCAUUACGGAAUGAUCUUGUACGGAGUAUACUAGCACGACUACAACUUUUAACAGAAGAGUUACACAUUACCAGUGCUGAACUGGAAGUUCCUCGUAUGUUGCUACCUCAACGGGUAUUAGUUCGACUUCCUGCUUGUCCUACACUACCAUUGUCCGAUUAUAAAUUUUUGUCAGAAACUGCUGAAGAUGUUGUAAAUCGUUUGGUUUACUUCUGUUUACCUCUUGGAACUACUCCCACUAUUCCCACAGGGGAGGGGAUUACCUCCGAUACCACUGGUCUAAGAAAUUCUGUUUCUGAAAUUGAGGUGUUGUCCUCACAUGAUCGUAUAGAUGCGUCGUGCCUGGAUACUACUUUGGAAAAAAGUCCUGAACUUAGUGCUGAUGAUGAAUUUUCUGAGUCUGAAUUGAUAGAUGAAGUGGUUGAAUCUGUUCCUGUUUCUAGUCCAUUCACACUGUACAAUCCUAUCAUACUGGUUAUCAGCAUAAUUGUUUUGAUUAUAGCUAUUCUAUUAGCAUAUUACUUCGUUACACAAUCAUACCAAUCAAAAGAUUUCAUACCUCCACCAUUGCCUAAGGAAAUAAAAGGAGAUUUAUUACAAGAUACAUAUAUUUCAAUUAAGUAG